AUGGCUCCCACGAAGGCGCCGUUAUGGGAGGACCGCGACGUUCGUUUCGAUAUAUCACCAAGUCAGAUGAAGAUGCGGCCAGGGGAGACGGUGGUGGACAGGCUGGACGCUGUGGAGGACACCAAAGGGAACUCUGGUGACCGCGGCAAGCUCAUAGUGACGACCCUCAGGAUCAUAUGGCACAGCACCACUAUGGCUAGAGUCUCCCUAUCUGUUGGCUUCAACUGUGUUGUCAACAUGACGACUAAGACUGUCAACUCGGUGAAUUCACCCAGACUACGCUGCACUACUUCAGGUCUAACGUUGCUAACUUCGUUCAACGAGAGCACUCAAAUAGCGUUCAUACACACUUCAUGCUACCCUGGGCAUUAUAAUCACAAUUAAUCCCCUCUAUUCCUCUCCCUGAGGGCAUAUUCCUCGUCCCGUCUGUACCGGGAGCUGAAGCUCCGGGCGGCCAUCAUCAGCAACAAGGAACUGCGCCUGCUGCCCCAGGAGCUGGUGUCGUCCACCGUGCAGGGCGUCUGGAACCUGUCCAGUGACCAGGGGAACCUGGGUACGUUCGUGAUCAGCAACGUGCGUCUCGUGUGGUUCGCCAACAUGAACGAGCUCUUCAACAUCUCCCUGCCAUACAUACAGAUGGCCUCGGUCAAAGUUCGUGAAUCAAAGUUCGGCAUGGCGCUCGUGGUGGAGAGCACGGAGAGUAGCGGGGGGUACGUGCUGGGGUUCAGAAUUGACCCCACGGAGAAGCUACACGCCGUCCACAAGGAACUACUCGCACUCUACCACGUCUACUCCAACGCGCCCGUCUUCGGGGUAGAGUUUUCUACCGACUCUACCGCCCCGCAUCUCAGGGCGGUGCAGGAGGAGGCCGUGGACGAGGAGGAGAUGGACGUGGGGACGGACGGGGACGGGCCGGCGGACUGGGACGUGGUGGCCACGUACCUGGCGGACGGGCGGACGUCCGCUGGCGGGCCGGUCUACUCAGAGGACCUCGGGCUCGCCUUUGAACGGGUCAAGGACGGGUACACCCCGGCCAAGCUAUGGGAGGUGGUCCCCAGCUGAGGGGGAGUGGGGGACGUGGUCCCCAGCUGAGGGG